ACGUUCACGUGGCUAGUAAAACUGCUCAUCAUAUAAAUUUGUUUCAUAUUAUUCCGUAGGUAUUUUGUUUACGCCGAUCUUUUUGCGACUUUUUUUAUAUUGUCGAAGCACUUGUCUUUUGCAAUCGUAACGCGCAGAUGAUUGAAUUUCAAUCUUUUUCUUUUCCAAUUGCUUGUAACUCGAAAGUUAUUUUCUUCUGAAAGAUAUUUUUUGUCAAAGAUUAUUCUCAAAUUAAUCGCGGAAAAAUCAUAAAGGAUUCUUUUUUGGGGAGAUUGAGACACUAAGUGAAUUAUAUGAAUGAGCCGAGAGAGAGGAAGAGGGAUUGGUUUCUAAAUUAUCAAACUCCUGAAUUCUAGAAUUAAUUUAACGAAAAAAAGAAAGAAUGAGAGACAAGUCUAAAGAGGAUUGUGUGGGGGCUGUGGGCAUGUGAAGUAGAUAAAGCGAAAAGUUAUGAAAAUGCGGAAUGUGAUUAUUUAGUUAUCUAUUUAAGUUUUGAACGAAAAUAUAGGCGCAUCACGAUUGAUGUAGCAAUAUUGUUCGUUAACGAUGUGUUUGAUAUAUUUCCUUUAUUUCACUGUGGAAUAUUUGUCGAUGAUUGGACAUCCGUGCUUGCUUUGCAAUGAAAAGUCAGUUCAAGUUUAAAUCUUCGAUUUGAAAGAAAAAGAAAAACUAGUUAAAUGCAUACCACACGCAAGAAAAACGCAUUAUAUUGUCUACCCACAUCUUAUUCGCAUUUUCCAUUCUCUUUCUCAGCAUACAUAUUUUUACUUGUGAUUUGAACGAGAAUGAAGUACAUACGUGGGUUUCAACAUUUUAUCGAUACAGUUGUCGGAAAAGUACAAAACGAUAGGAUAGGUUGCUGAUCAUCAGUGUUUAUCAGCGACUUGCACGAGCAAGACGAGACGAAAGUCGAAACGAGACAAGAGUAACGACGCGACGACGGCGACGCGACGCAACACAUCAUCUCUGCAGAGUGCAGACUCACAAUUAGAUACGUUUUGUAAAUUUAACGCUGGCUCGACUCGAGAGAGAUGCCCGAGCAGAACGUUAGCGAUCAGUAUCCAACAUGGGUUGGGCUCGUGUAUAUCUUCAAUCUCAUCGUUGGAACAGGCGCUUUGACGUUACCCGCCGUAUUUAGUCAAGCAGGAUGGGCACUUGGAUUAAGUGUCAUUUUAGUGUUAGCGUUCAUUAGUUUUGUCACGGUUACAUUUGUCAUAGAAGCAAUGGCAUCCGCCAAUGCCAUUGUUAUGUGGAGGCAUAACCAGCAGCGAAAACGUGUCUUACAAACAACAGGUGAAUCUGGUCCUUCCAAUUCAGAUUCUGAGGAUACUCCACUGGUAGCUGCUGCUCUUUCGACCAGUCCAGAUCGUUCGGAUACUUGUAGAUAUUAUGUGAUUCGCGAUAAAAUAGAGAUGGGACAAAUGGCAUCUAUCUUUUUCAAUAGAUUUGGCACUACUCUAUUCUAUUUGUGUUUCGCCGUAUAUCUAUAUGGAGAUUUAAGCAUUUAUGGUACGGCAGUCGCAAAGUCAUUAGCAGAUGUCGCCUGCACUUAUUUGCCAAAAAAUCUUACGUGCAAUGACACCAUACCAGAUACUGAACUUUGCUGGGAAGGUACCAUGUUUAAUCGACUGGAUGCAUAUAGAAUAUUUCUGACCAUGUUCGUAUUAUCAUUGGGUCCAUUUGUAUUUUUCAAUGUCCAAAAGACCAAGUAUCUUCAACUACUAACUUCGAUAAUGCGGUGGCUCGCAUUCAUCAUAAUGAUCGUGUACGCUUUAAAAAAUCUUUUUAUACACGGUCCACGUGGCGAUCCACCUAUUGCGAGUUUAGCCGGAAUUCCCAGUCUUUUCGGUGCUUGCGUUUACUCCUUUAUGUGCCAUCAUUCGUUACCGGCCUUGGUUGCACCAGUAGCGAAUAAGUCUAAACUAAAUCGAUUUCUAGCUCUCGAUUACACUCUAAUCGCUCUCUUUUAUUUAUUAUUGGCUCUAACUGGCAUCUUCGCCUUUGAGCGUUUGGAUGAUCUUUAUACUUUGGAUUUUGGACCACGUGGUUUGGACGAUUGUUCCAAGAGCGACAAUAUUUUUAUGCUUCUUAUGGAGUAUUUCUUAGCCCUUUUUCCAGUAUUCACUUUGAGUACCAGUUUUCCUAUUAUAGCAAUUACCCUUCGAAAUAAUUUGCAAUCGCUCUUUUUAAAAGAGGAUACAUCUUAUAAUUUAUGUCUUCAGAAACUUGUCUUCCCCAUCUUGGCAGUAAUACCACCGUACUUGAUCGCGAUGACUACCAAAGAUCUGUCGAUGUUAGUUGGUAUCACAGGCUCGUACGCUGGAGCAGGAAUACAGUAUUUAAUACCUACAUUCUUGGUUUAUUAUGCCAGGCAAAAGACUAACAAGAUCAUCGGCCUCGGAGUUAUCAACAAAUUCGCAAGCCCUUUUUCGGGCAGGUAUUGGUUAAUUUUCGUCGUAGUAUGGGCUAUUACUUGUAUGAUUUUAGUGUCUGUCAAUUUCAUACAAAUACAUUUGCAAUCUUGGAUCAGUCAAUAACAAAAUGAAAAUUAUUUACAUCAUAAUCAAAAGAGAGAACUCUUGAUGUUCAUGCGAGAACCUCUGUGUAAUCUCAUAGAGACGCAGGAUGUUUACGAAAGUCAAUUAUGUAUCUAGAAUUGAUAUAUUUCAAAAUUUAUCAACAGCAAAAAUGUGGAUAUCACAGAAUUAUCGAAACAACAAUCAAUCGAUAUUGGUAUAGGCAUUUAGCACUUGGACUGAAUGACGAUGACUAAAGUGAUAUACCUAUAUGGGCACGGAAUAAGAGCGAUGAUUGUUACAGUACGAUCUACGUGCAACGUGACUGAAAUUCGCGAAAUUAUUUGUGAAAUUCUUCAACACGGGAUAUCUUGAUAAGUAAGGCGAUAUUCUUAUUUGUGGCAGGAUAUGCUUACACGUACGUACAAACCGACAAUACUUUGGCAAAAACGUCGUUUGUCAUGUACAAGUCAAAUAUAUAUCGAUAAGUUUUGGGAGAUGUAACAACGUAAUCUAUAGAAAUCUAUAGAAAAAAAAUUUUGUAUAUUUUAUUUUUCUAGAGUUGUUCCGGGACAGAUAUGCGUGAUUUUCUUAUUACAGGGAAAUUCUAACGAAUCUCCGUCAUUGUAUUUAUACUUUUUUUUUUUAAUUUUUUAUAUGCUAAUGCUAAUAAUUCUUGUUUAUGUAUUUAUAAUAAAAUAAUGUUAGCAUAUGUGAUAAUGGUGGCAAGCAAAUGUAUGAUAUUACGAUAAUGUUCUUUUCGAGAUUGUAUUUUUGUACAAGAUACGUAUGAAACUGCCAAAAAAAAAAUAUAUAUAUAUAUAUAUUUGCAGCAUGUCCGUCACAUUGGUGUACCUGUGCAAAUGUAGCAUGCAAUAAAUAUUGCAGGUAUGUGCAUAUGCACUUAUAUACGCACCUCCGCAAGCGUAUGUAUAUGUGUAUACAUAUUCCAAAAGCAAUUGAAACGGAUAAUAAUAAAUAAUUGGUUAUACAA